CUAUUUUACAGCAUGAGAUACCGGUACUGUACCGUGGUUAAAUUUACAAAUGGGGGCUAGUGAAGUAAACGCCAUAACUGCUUAAAUAACGCCUAACAAAAUUGUAUUGUGAAAUGAAUGCCCUAACUGCUCAAAUAACACCCAACAAAAAUGUAAUGUGAAAUUUUAAUGUAAAAAGAUCGAAAUUACACCCAUAUUGUCUUAAAACCUCGCCGUCAAAAAUGUGAAAAAGGUGAAUGCCUACUCUCAUCCAACUACAGAACUAUCAUAAUCUGAUAACACAGCAAUACCAGCCCACGGUACGACAGCUCGGGUCUUCAUUUUGUCGUUCAAUAAGUGCACAUCAGUUUUAUUUCGUGUUAAUUCGACUCAAUAGAACAAUAAGGUCGCCAAAGCUCUUAGCUGCCUAUACACCAACAUCCUCGGAUUAUCAGCUAACACUAUGUUUGGUCGACUUGCGCGCUUGCGCCAUCAAAGUACAACGAACACGCUCCACAAGGAAGCGAUCAGUCGUGACUGACAGGAUUUAAUCACUGAGUUCAGUGCAUUUAAUGCCCACCAAUGACUUAAAACAAUGUCGUUGGACCUAUAUAACACAUUAUUUUGAGUUCAAUAGAUAACUUCUCUGAAUAAACAGUGCGAACGUGACAUACAAUUAAGUUUGUUAGCCGUGUCUGACAAGAUUUCUCGGGUGAUAAUAUAUAUAACCUAUAAUAUAUAUUACAUUUUUUGAGGUCAAGGGAAACCUACGGAAAAAUAAAAAAUAACCAGAGUCAUUAUAUAACGGCUCUGAUGUAACUGUAGCACAUAAACGCCAUUCCUGUGAGAUUCAAGUAGAUUGUACGUCACAAUGAAGAUUUGGGGGAGAUUUGCCACGUCACUAAUGAGGUUUAGAAAAUUUAGCCUUUGGGGGAGCAAGCUACGUACGAAGAUCGCCAGUACAUCAUCGAUCAACAGGAUUAAUAUGGAAUCGGAUAAUCGAACGAUAUUCUGGAAAUGAACAUACGGAGGCCACUAAAGUGAAUGAAUGAGAACUGUUGUAUAUUUAAAUGAACCUGUUUUUUCUGCAAUUACUCAGCGAAUUUGCUCAAUGCAAGCUCAAGUGAACAAAACUGCAGUAGUAAGUAAAGAAAACUCGGGGACCAUCAAAAUAGGGAUGAUAGUUCUUUGCAUAUGGGUGUGGCUUCGAUGUGUUUCUGCACUAAAUUUCCAUUGGACAUUGGAAGUUACUACUCUUGAAGAGGAAUUCCAAAUCGACAGUCAUCCUGAUGCUGCGUCGCGCGCAGUAGACAUUGCGUCCAUCCCGCAAGAUUUUUCGAACCAGGAUUCUGAAAGCGAAAAUCAGACAUUGAUUCCUCAUCUUGCGAAGGUGCAGAUAUCAGAUGAAAACGGAAAAAUAUCGGACAUGGCUAUGAUGAGGUUGCUUUCAAGUACAGCGGUACCAACAGCAAAAAUAUUUUAUCCAUCUACAACUGAAAACAACGUUGACAGUGGAAAUAGUUUAUUAAAAAUUCAAGGAAUGAUUUAUAAAAUUGAUGAAGAACCUACCUUAAAGUUAUGUAUUAUGUAUCCGAUUCCUAUGGCAGAAAAUUUGAGAACUAUCUACUUUUCACUGCCUUAUCUUGUUGUUGGUGAUAUUAUGCUACUAGAAAUAAGAACACCACUCCAUGGUGAUUUUGUCAAUAAGUAUGACAAAAAUAUAAUAUCAGCUGUUUAUCCACCUCAUAAACAUAAAUGGGUUCCUGAAAUGUCUUCAAACGGAUAUUCUAUGGUGUUCAGUCAUGUUGAGAAUAUCCUUCUUAGUUCCUUUGAUGAGUUUGAGCAUCUCCAUUCUGAAGAAGUGAUGAAUUCUCAGGAAACUCAAUGCUCUGAUUAUGAUGAUUUUGCCAUUCCAUUUCAAAAAAGAAUUUUAUAUAUGAGCAAGGCAGGGCCAUUCCUUCUGGUUGCGGAUAUGGGUGAUAAUUGGAAAGUUAUCAGGGAUUCAAUUAUUUUUGAUGAUGCCGAGGACAACAUAGUUUGUCUGAAACGUGCUACUGUUUCACCUCCAUCAUAUUCUGAAGAUAUUAUGGUUGUUUCUAGUCAAAAUCAACUUUUUAUUACUUCUGCAGACACAAAUAAACCAAAUGCAGCAUUAUUUAUGAAGCAAUUGAAUGAUUCAACCGAUGUCAAUGUUUGUCAGUCGGCAUCUUUGUCUGAAUCAGAUUGCAGUAUAAUUGGACAUUCAUUUGAUGCAAGUUCCUAUUUGGAACUGUUUGUUUUGUUGCAGAGCAUCUCUACUUCAAAAUUAACUCUUGUAAAAUAUAAAGGUUCUGUAACAAAUGGCCAAUGGAGUAAAGUAUUUACAAUAAUGAACAAGCUUCCAACAACAAUUCAGGAUAAAGAAAAUCUUGUUUUUCUAUCUCAAACUGAAGAAUAUUCUGGUCAGUCAAUUGAAAUUGCUGGAAUCAGUACUUUGACGAGACCCGAUGGUACAUUGUACAUUUGGGGCAACGUUCUACUUGUUUAUGACAUUCGAAGCGGCAUACUUGGUUGGGUUCAUUCCUUUGAUGCUCAAUCUUCAGGUCAAUCUGAUCAUGCUAUUCAAUUCAGUUCCCCUAAUGAAAGAAAUGUUUAUAGUAUUUUGACGUCAAAAGGUGAAAUAUGGGUCGGUUCUGCCCAUCCUUUUGCAAAACAUUUCUCUCAUUUAUUAACUCAAGUUAGUACUGGAGAAAAACCACACUUGGCAGUUUAUUUUGAUUCAUCUGAUGUGCUAUAUGGCCUGACUUACCAUGUUACAAAUGAAAAUGAAUAUGCAUUUAAAAGAGAGGAAAUUAAAAUAAAAGAAUCAAACCUAGAAUGUGAUAGAAUCUACAAUUGUCCAAGGUUAUCACUUCAAUGUGAAGCUGAUUCAUCUGUGUUCCAUAUCAAUCAUACCAGAUAUUCACGCAUAAGACAUUUCUCUAUUUACCCUCCACAACUUAUGCCGAAGGCUCAAAAAAAUCCAUACUUCCCCCAUCUUUAUGACAAAACUUCAUUGGCUACAUUUUUUGCGGUGAAACAGAGAUUUUUUUCUGGACAGAAAAUCAAUCAAACGCAAUGGUGGUUGAAUGAGAAUGAUUACAUUCGUGAAAAAGAGAAUUACAAACUCAAUAGAUGGUGGUAUACUCACGACGAACCAUUGAAACAAUAUUUGAAGUUUUUGGCAAUAGCUGACUUUCUACCGAAUGAUCCCAUGAUGUAUAUACAUGAAGGUCAAUAUCUUCAUGAAAUUGCUCAACCACUCGGAAAAUAUGAAACCUGGAAUCCGGAAACAUGUGGCCUUCCAACAGUAAUAUACUUGGACAAGAAUCAAGAAUAUAGGUUCAACAUAACAAUUGAACAUGCACUGUCGGAUAGUUAUAUAGCAUUUAAUGACUUGCAAUUGGUCAUUGUUACCUCAAACAAUAAUGCAAUUGACAUAACCCCUGUACGACUUCAGACACCUUUUAGUAUUCUUUACAUGAUUGUCAUAACUGGAAAACAAACCAGCCACAAGCCACCUGGUAAACAUUUGACAUCUGUGUCUGCUUCAUUUUAUCCAUGGAAUCCUGCAUCACCAUCUUCAAAAUAUUCUUGUUGUACAACGGUACCUGAGGGAACUUCAUAUGAACAAAAUUUGUUGGUCAAAGUUGGAUGCCCCCCUGCUCGUCGAUUGAUGUUUGACUCCCAACGCUCAUUAGAAAUUUUAUUCAAUCGAGGAAGGACUGACAAUUUUGAAUGCUUGUAUGAUGUGGAAGAUGAUGUUCCAUGCUUCACAACCUCUGAGUUUGCUGCAGCGUUCUAUGUUGAAGACCUUGUUACUGGGGAGCGGUCAAUUUUCGAUGGAAAUUAUACUUUACAAAUAGUAGGUGGAGGUAUAGGAUAUCUUCAAAAUGUUAGAGAAUAUAAUGAAGAAGAGAUUUUGUCAUAUAAUUACAGGCCAGGAGAUAGUAAAAGUCUUCUGAGCCUGAUAUGGAGUGUUCUGCUUGAGGGUUCAAGUGAAGGAAUGAAAGAUGAGAAAACUGGCAGAUUGAUAUUUGAUGCUAAAGAUCCUGCUAGUAUUGUAUUUGAAUGUCGACUUGAUUCUCCAUGUGGAAACAUACCACUUGGAACAUACAAUCCUGGAGAAUUUUAUAUUCAAAUUGAAGUUUCCAAUAAAGGAGUAGAUUCAUCAACCAAUUGUGAUUACACAAUGAGAUUCAUGAUUCAUUUAAUUGGAAUCGAACUCAGUCCUAGAGUUCAUCUAAUGCUUAUGUUGGUGAUGUUGUCAGUGUUAUUCAUCCUGGCUAUAUUAUAUUAUGUUUGGAACUUUGGAGGUGGACAUCAGUUCUUCAGAAAGUUAUUGGGAAAAGAAGAUUUUUAUGAAAGUGACAGUGAAGAAGAUUUUGCUGAACCACCACCCCAAUUCCGUGAAAUAUUGAACAGAAGAUUAACUAUUGGUGGAAUACAAACUGCUGGCCUACCUGGUGGCACUGGACAUAAAUCUUCCUUGUUGGCUCAAAGUCUCCACCUUGAAGAACAUGGUGUGAAAAGAAGUUCUCUAAGAGUUCAUGGAGUUUUAAACACGAAGAGUAACACCUCUAGAACUUCUACUCAAACACUGAAGUUAAAUUGAAAUUAUUUAUGCGUUGUUUGAAUCGUUUGUUUAUCAUAAAUAUAUUAUUGUUUUUUCAUUGU